UUUACAAAACUAUGUGUGGGAUGUGAUUGCAGUAUGGAAUACACGGUAGGAAAGGGUCGGGGUGUGUAUUUGUAUGUUGGAAAAUGUAGGACGUAGGUACACGCAGUAUGAAGAAUGUUAACAUUUCGGUGUCCGGUGUUGUGUAGUAUGUGGUGUUGGGUGCAGUCUGUGGUGAAAGCACUUGCAGUAAAUAACCUUACAUUGUGAUCACAUAAGCUUUAACUAUGGAUAAAAAGGAUAGCUCAGAACUGUUAUCUGUAAUUAGUUCAAACUCUGAUGAGGCUGUGAAUUCGAAGAAUGCUAGUUCUGAUUCUUUGGGCUCAGAUUCAAAGUCUAGUUCCUUGAAUUCAAAAUUGGGACAAGAUUCGGCAAGUUCAGACAAAGGCUCUCCUUCUAAGAGCUACUGCUCAUCCAGUUCUACUUCAACUGAAAAUGUAGUCUCAACCCUUGAAAGCAAAUUUAAGACCAAAGUGAAUGUAGCUGAAACAGGACCACCUUCUCGUCCUGAUGAUCCUCCACUGUUGCCUGGAGAGAAAGUCCAGGGUGUGGCAAGGGAAGUGACAUAUUUAUGUCCAUACAGUGGACCUGCGAGAGGGGUUCUUUCUGUAACAAAUUACAAGCUGUAUUUCCGCAGCAUGGACCGAGAGACACCAUACGUGGUUGAUGUGCCACUGGGAGUGGUCAGCCGCAUUGAAAAGGUUGGAGGAGCUUCCAGUAGGGGUGAAAAUUCCUAUGGAAUAGAAGUUUUCUGCAAAGAUAUGAGGAAUUUGAGGUUUGCCCACAAACAGGAAAACCAUUCAAGAAGAAAUGUUUUUGAAAAAUUGCAACAUUAUGCAUUUCCAUUAUCACACAAGUUGCCACUUUUUGCAUUUGAGUAUUCGGAAACUUUUACAGAGAAUGGGUGGGCUGUACAUGAACCAAUAGCCGAGCUGAAACGCCUGUCAGUCCCUAAUGACACUUGGAAAAUCUGCAAGCUUAAUGAGAACUACGAGAUAUGUGAUAGUUACCCAGCAGUGUGGGCCGUUCCUGCACAAGCUACAGACGAUGACUUGAGAGCUGUGGCCGCAUUUCGAAGCAGAGGGCGUGUGCCAGUACUGUCGUGGAUACAUCCAGAGAGCCAAGCCACCAUAACACGAUGCUCUCAGCCAUUGGUGGGUGUCGGUGGUAAACGUUCACGUGAAGAUGAGCGUUACAUUCAGCUUAUUAUGGAUGCAAAUGCUCAAUCACACAAACUGUUCAUUAUGGAUGCAAGACCAAGUGCUAAUGCAAUUGCCAACAAGGCUAAAGGUGGUGGCUACGAAUCCGAAGAUGCGUAUCAAAAUGCGGAAUUAGUAUUUCUGGAUAUUCACAAUAUCCAUGUUAUGAGAGAAUCUCUUCGUAAACUUAAAGAGCUUUGUUUCCCAACCAUAGAAGAAUCCAGAUGGCUUUCAGGUGUGGAAUCAACAUACUGGCUGAAGCACAUAAAAUGCAUUUUAGCUGGUGCUGUGAGAAUUGUUGAUAAAGUAGAAAACCACAAAACCUCUGUUCUAGUCCACUGUUCAGAUGGCUGGGAUCGCACAGCACAGCUUACAGCAUUAGCUAUGCUAAUGCUGGAUCCAUAUUACCGUACAAUCAAAGGUUUUGAGGUUCUCAUUGAAAAGGAAUGGCUUAGCUUUGGACAUAAAUUCCAGCAGAGGAUUGGCCAUGGUGAUGAUCAUCACUCUGAUGCAGACAGAUCCCCUGUGUUUCUCCAGUUUAUUGAUUGUGUGUGGCAGAUAACAACACAGUUUCCAAAUGCAUUUGAGUUCAAUGAUCACUUUCUCCUAACUAUACUGGAUCAUCUCUACUCCUGCAGAUUUGGCACAUUUUUGUAUAACAGUGACCGUGAGCGAGUAGCAGAAGGUGUGAAGCAGAGAACUGUGUCACUGUGGUCAUACACUAACUCAAACUUGAAUGAUUACAAGAAUCCACUGUAUUGGGCAGAUAAUCAGCAGCAGACAGUAAUUAUACCUGUUGCUAGUAUGCGGCACAUCCAACUGUGGAAGGGUCAUUAUUGCCGCUGGAAUCCUAGCAUGCGGCCACAGGAUCCUGUUUGUCAGCGAACACGUGAACUGUUGGUGUUAAAGGAGCAACUGGAAAAACAAGUAGAAGAGUGUAGGCGUGAACAGCAGUUGAGAGCUGCGCGCACUGCAGCUACGCCACCACGACUCUCAUCUCCUGUACACACAUAGAACUUAUUUAAUUGACACAGAAUGUCAAAUGGUAGUAUAACAACAUUAAUUUAUUGACUGUUUUUCAUAGUUACUGUAAAUGUGCAGUACCUGCUUUAUGGAUUCUAAGUUGUCCGUUGAUGUGUGUAAAUGUUCUUUGGUGUCCAAAAAUGAGAUAUAAAUUGUGUAGUUUUGUACAGUGUUGUUGUUUAAAGAUUACAUGAUUUUUAGAGAUUUUCCUGUGAAUUGUUGUUUGUAAAGAGUUUUAAUGGACAUUAAAUGUUUCAAUGCUUGUCCUAAUAAAUUAUUCGGUUUAAAUGCAGCAUGAUGCACCAAGUUGCUGGUGGCUCAUAUCAGCAACAUUGCACUUCAGAAAUAUUUUGAGAAGUCUCAAGAUUGUGAUGUGGUAAUUGACAAUGUCAGUGCAGUGUAUGUAAAGUUAAUGACAGAUAGUUCUGUUCUCUUAUAUGCUAUCCCUAACUACAAUGGAGAAGCAUCACCAGUCCCAGAUGCUUGUGUGGUACUUAAAGACUUAUCAUCAUGGGAACCAUACUAUCUUUAGUUACUGAGAGAUUCAUUGCAUUGAAUCAUCAUAACAUAUCAUCAUUUCUUACGAGCUAAGUGUGCAGGUAUGUUUUGUCAGUGUAUAUCUGCACAACACCGUAAAAUUGUGAUUUCAUAUAAUAUUCUAAGAAAAUUGAACAUAAUAAAUGCUUCUGAAAUGAUAGAGAUUGUAUGUUUUGCUUAAUGUGUCAGACACUCUUCCAUUUAUGAAGAAUGAAAACUAAUAUACUGAAAUGCCCAGAAAGAUGUACAACUGCAGUGACAUUCAUGUAAAUGUGAAAUGGUAGUCAUGAUAACACUGAUCACAUGUUGUAUGACAUAGAUCUGCAGUUGUUGGGGGAAAAUUUCUUUGCAUACUGUAUUGUUUAAUGUAAUUAUUAAUGGUAGGUCUUUGAAAAAAGGACAAUAAAUGUAAUAUUUUUUGCUCUAAAAUAGUACUAUUAAUAACUUAGAUGUUUCUUGACUGUGAUGAAUGGGACUUACAUCAGAGAUCAGGUGAUGAUUGGAGAAAGAAGUCUUUCGGCUGGAUCUGUUAGUAGUGGUAAUAACUGUUGUAGUUAAUACUGCCGGGGGAAUAGUAUGCUUCAUGUAUUUAAUUCCAUCACCAGACUUACAGCUCCUACAAAAUUUUUCAGUAAAUGGAUAAUAAUGCUUCUGUUAUGCAUUUUGUGAAUUUAUGAGCAUAUUACUUCUAUCAUAAGUACAUACUGUUUCAGUCUGUGGAAAGUAUUUGCAAGGCUAAAUUAUGAUUUUCAUAUUUAAGUCAUUAAUGGCCUAACAGAUCUAAAUAGUAAGACAACAGUUUUGUUGUGUUUCAGUCCCAUGAAAGCAUUCACUGUAUCACCAAGUUUAUAUGAAAAGAGUAUGUAUAGCUUUGUAUUUAUGUAAAAAAAUAUAUAUAU